AUGAAGCGAAAGAAAGGCGAUGACCCUCCGUCUCCAAAGGCAAAGCACAGCAAAAGGAAAGCGAUCCCAUUAGCCGUCGAUCGCGGAUUCCCUUCUUUGUUUGCACAAACGCAAACAAAUUUAUUCAAGAACACGUCUUUCGAAGCAAGUGAUAAUGAUUUUCAAGGAACACCAUUAUUUAGAAAGAACAUCCGUACUACUUUGAAAUCUGUUAAAGAAGAUACAUCUGCUCCUGAUCCUUCAAAUGCUGUUACCAGUAACAAGUUACCUGUGUCUACAGUUAACAAAGCUACGAGUGUUCAAGAUGUAUUACUUGCUCCUAUUCCUUACACUUGCUGUAUUUUUGCUCCCAUCAAGAUCUUCAAGAAAUAUCAAGACAAGCAAGUUCAUUCAAGAGAUGAAACCUCAAGACAAAAAAGCAGUUAUAUCCAUCGAAAGUUACAAGAACUUCCUCUUGUCAAGAAGUUGAAUUCAAGCAAGCACAGAUCAUUAAAAGAAAACACCGUGACAGCUAUCAAUUCCAACAAGUCCUUGGAAAUAACAAGCAAGCUGAAGAACAUUGAUAAAAUGGAUGCCGAUGCUGUUCAAACCUUCAUCAAAACAGUACAAGCAAGAAUUCAAGACAAGGUCUUCAUUCCUUUCAAGUACACUGGCUCUCAAGGAUCAAGGAUACUUUUCUUUACUUCUCUUGUACAAGAUUGA